UAUUCUGUGUUUCUGCUUGUAAUUUUUUUCAUGGUUAAAGGACCCCUGCCCUACACACGAAGAGACAGACUGAGACUUUGUAUCCUCUGUGGUUCUUUGGUCUUAAAAGUCUAAUUUGUUCCUUUGUCUCGAUGGCUCUGCACAAGUGAAGUGAAGCUUGGCUGAAUUGAUCUUUUGUCUAGAUCUAGGGUCCUUCUCACGGUGCGAAAACCCUCAGCCCCCACUCAGACCCCUCUGCAAUCCCCCCACAUCCCGGACGCAUCCCCUUCCUCCAUCUCUCCCACAUGAGUCCCGUCAUACCCUUCCUCCCUCCACUCCCACAUGCCUUCUCGUCUUCCAUCCACAUGCUGCUGAAAUCACAGAGCAUGUGAGAACGUGCAUGCGUGCUUCUCUUCGCACGUGAAGCCAGAAACUUUGUAAGCUAGGAUUAGGAGCAUGUAGGGUAAUGCAUCGUUGAAUGCAUCUGUGGCUAACUGAUUCAGCACCAAGAGAGGAGGACCCAAAACCGUUCUUAAAGGAUUCUAGGACAGCUCUGCAAACCGAGAAUCUGUAAUUGUGUGGUGUUGUGGUGCAUGCACUUCCCUGCAUGUGUGUGUUUCAGAAUCAUGUAAGAAGAGUGAGGUGGAGAGAAAGUGUCAGUGGUGGAGUAUCCUGCCAUGUCAAAAGUGUGAUUGUUGUGGUGUAAUAUUAGAAGUUGGACAGGGGCGGGCACAGCCAGUGGCGGUGUGCUGGAUUUAUCUUAGCUCAUCAUGAAAAAAACACGCAGCACCACACUGCGGAGGGCCUGGCCCAGUUCCGAAUUCUCAGACCGGGCCUCUGAGCACACCCGGUCACGGAGCGAGAAAGAUUACCGGCUCCACAAGCACUACCCUAAACACUUCAUCACUCACUCCCCCGGAGGAUUAAUGAUAAAAGGUGAUGUGUCUCCCAUCAGCAUGUCUCCUAUCAGCCAAUCCCAGUUCAUUCCGCUGGGAGAAAUCCUGUGCCUGGCAAUCUCUGCCAUGAACUCUGCCCGGAAGACUGUCACGCAAGAGACGCUCAUCGAACACUUAGCAACAUGCUUCCCAGGCGUCCCUACUCCGAGUAUGGAGAUUCUGCGGCACACGCUCAACAUGCUGGUCCGAGAACGGAAGAUCUACCCCACCCCAGAGGGUUAUUUCAUCGUCACCCAACAGACGUACUUCAUCACACCCUCCCUAAUUAGGACUAACAGCAAGUGGUACCACCUGGACGAGAGGAUACCAGACCGCAUGCAGCAGCAGCAGCCGUGUACCUCUCCUCACUCUGGUACCAUGACCCCUUCCACCUCCGGUUGCGUCCGGGAGAGAACUCACCACAAGAACCAUAGUGACUCCUAUAACAACAGCUAUCGGGAGGAAAUACCUAGUACACAUACCUCAACCUUACAAAAAAGGUCUAAAGAACAUAAAGAGUCUUCUCCUGUGUCACCACCCCCACAGCAGCCAUCAGAGAAGAGUAAAAAUACGCUUAGUUUUCCAUUUAAAACAGAGACAAACAGUAAAAACAAAGACGGAAGCAGCAGCAAUGGAGAGAAGCAAUCCAAAAAGUUUGGGCUGAAGCUCUUCAGACUGAGCUUCAAGAAGGACAAGACGAAACACGUUGCCACGUUUUCCGCACAGUUUCCACCUGAGGAGUGGCCAUUGCGGGACGAAGAGAUGCCCACCACUGUUCCUAGAGAGGUGGAGAUGGAGAUCAUUCGACGGAUCAACCCAGAUCUAACAGUGGAGAACCUGGCUCGCCACACAGCCGUGAUGAAGCGUUUGGAGGAGGAGAAGGCGCAGAGGAACAAAGCAAACUCCUCGGCUCAGCAGAGCGCACGCAGUAAGAGAAGCCGCAGCCAUCGAAAGACCCAGCAGGGCAAGGCCUCACGUUCUCACAGCAAAACACGAGCUUCCAGGGGGGACCCGUCUGAGGGAUCCAAUCUGGACAUAUCCUAUGAUAGGGAUUACAAAUUCUACAGCUCCUCAUUGGUACGUUCUCCACGUGAAACCAUGAUGUCCAUGGAGCGGAAUAGGGGUAAGUAUAUGGUACACAGCAACCCCAAUAUUGUGGAGUCACAUUUUACCACUGCUCCUGAGUGGGAUGUUUCUGGAGAACUGGCAAAGCGGAGGACAGAGAUGCCAUUCCCAGAACCCUCAAGGGCACAGUCGCAUUCCAAAGUCCACCGAAGUCAUAGUCAUACUCAAGAGAGAAAGUCACGAAACGAGAGGUCGGAUAAGGCCAAAGAAAGGUCACGCUCCAUGGACAACUCUAAGGGGCCGCUUGGUGGUCCAUACUUAGGUUGCCCAGAGGACUUUGAGUGCAGUCCAGAUGACAGAAGUCGGUACUACACCGAUGAUGGUACUUUGAGGGCAUCUGCGCAGGCGACCCACUAUUCCCGAAUCAUGCUCUCUGCUGCUAGAUUACACUCUGACGUUUGUGUGCCUGAUGUUGGAAGAGGAUCUUCAGAGGAUGCUGUGCUUUACAGGACGCUGGAGAAGAGUAAAAGCAGGGACAGUCUUCCUGCUUACAACGAUCUGAAGUCUUGCUCUCCCAAAGCGGCUGUGGAUGACUAUUUCCAGUGCACUGCGGCAAAUGAAGCCGCUCUCUCCGCCCCAUCUCCUCUUCUAAAGCCCAGCUAUGAUUUUACGGAUAGUGUUUGGAAGGGAAUCUCCUCAGACCGACAGACUCCUCAUCUUACCCCACCUCACUCUAUGGAAUAUAAAGAGGAAACCACAAAGGGACAAAGUAGUAUCCCCAUAGCGGUAACGAGCCAGACUCCCGAGCCUCUCCCUAAUGGACGAUUGUCGCACCAACACAAUCCUGACUCAGGUGACUUGGACACAAUGCCAGAGGUUUACAGCCAAGAGACUUUGUUAAAACCUCAAGAAUACAUUGAGAGCAGCUUCUCAAGGCUAGGUACAAUAGGAAGGUCCCCUCACACAAAGUCAGCAGAGGUACUAGAGAAUCAGGAGCAUUUCGAUAAACCUUUACCGCUUACUGUGCCACCGUCCUCGGCUCAGGAGCAGGCUUCGUGUGCAGAAACCACCUUCGACUACUACAAUGUGUCAGACGAUGACUCAGAGGAGACUAGUCAUAAGAACAGGGUAGAUGGGAAAGUUCAUGAAGAGGGAGGGACAAUGCAAUGGCUGCUGGAACGAGAGAAGGAGCGGGAUUUGCAGCGGAAGUUUGAGAAGAACCUCACCUUCCUAAGCCCCAAGGAGGGUGAGAGCAACAACAGCCAAAAAUCGGUCCAUUCAACACGUUUGGACAGUAUGGACUCCAGCAGUGUGACUGUGGACAGUGGAUUUAAUUCCCCACGCACACGUGAAAGCCUCGCAUCAAACACCUCGAGUAAUGUGGAAAAUAGCAGGCGCCAGAAUAUGGCUUUGAGUCCAGGACAUAUUGGCACCAAAAGACCCCCACCACCCUACCAGCCCCCCAGCUUCCGUACCAUUCGUGAGCCGCCUGCCAACCGCACAGAGAAACAGGCCUCCAUCACCAGCGUGUAGUGGCACAGCCGGGGCAGGAGUGGGCGCCACCUGUUAAACUGUACUUCAUCAGGACUAUUACAAUCUUACAGGCCAGGACCUUCUGAGCGCGUGAGAAGACUGUCCCAGCUGUAUUUUCCCAUACAGAAAAGUUUAAAACAUAGUUUGUCAUAAUUCAUUGGGGCAUCUUUUUUUUAUAUUUGGAACAAAUACUGCUGCAGACAAGUCACUUCUUUAGGACAACAUUUAGGGGUUUGGCGAUCAUAUUUGGGAUAAAACCCUUGAUCAAACGUAUUUGUAGGUGUCCUUUAUAGCUUAAUGUAUCCACUACGGGUCUUGUCUGUCUUCUAAUCCAAACUGGCUGCGCUGCGUUGCCUUUGCCUAUUCAUACAUCGCUUUGUCUCAUGUUUCAGUCUGCACUCUCAGGUCCCUCCAAAAUCUACUGAUUUGCCGGCUUGUAACCAUUGCUGGCCAUAAUUUGAAGGCCACAAUAAUUACUAUUUGUGGCAUCAUCCCUGAAAUCCGUACAACAUUAUAAUCUUCUAUUUCCUCUGGAAUCAUUUAAUCACAUUCUUGUGUAUCGUCCACUGUCCAGGGAUCAGUUUAAUCAGGGCCGUCAUCUUGAAUGGAAUGCCCAAAAUCACAUCUUUACACUUUUGAGUGUAUUGAUAAUUCAAAUGAUGGCCAUGGAUUUAAAUGAAAUUUAACAAGACAUACCACCAUGGAAUUAAUUGUUUUGUAAAAGAUAAUUUAGAUUCUACUGGUGCUUUCUCAUGGAAUGGACAGUCUUAAUUUAAUAAUUUUGUUAUAUAUAUAUUCUCUUUUAACCAGGUGCUCUCAAAUACAGAACAAGGUGAGACAGAAUACACACAUUGCUACCUCCACAAUUUGUACAGUCAUAGGAGACGAGUGAUUUCCAUCCCAAAUCUCUGCUGUAUUAGACACCACUAUCAGUUUGCAAACUGUGAAUGUACUGCUAGUGCUUUCAGACACAUCUAGAUCAUCUGAACUUGGUCAAAGCAUUAGUAACCUACCAUCAUUCUCAUUCUAAUAGAGACAUUUCUCAUUGUAAUAUAGAGAGGAGACUUGUGUAGAGUUUGGAAUUAUAUAGGACCCAUAUAUAGAAUGUCAAAUUUAGACUUUCAUAUCUCUGUCCAGACAUAUUAAAUUAUUUAUUAUUAUUGCAAUUAUAUUUUUUUCCAGGUCAUUUAGUGCACAAAUUCAUGGUAAGCUUUAAAACAAUAUUUCAUUGAUUCUUGAGAUGUGGGACAAAACGUGUUAAAACAUUAAAAAAUAUAGUUGAAUACAUUAAUAAUAUAGUUUACAUCUGAAUAUGUAAUAGAUUCAUUCAAAUGAAUCUAUCACAGCUGUGUGAGUUUUGUACCAGUCCUCAAGAAUCAGUGAUUUUAAGUUUUUAAAUAAGUUUUUAAAUCAUCAUCAGUCUGGGAAAAAAAGAGCUUUUUGUGAAAUGCCUCUCAAUGCUCCAUUUAGAAACCAUCUGUUAUAUUCCAUCACUGAGUAGAAGUUUCCUCAUGAGUUCUAGAAUGGAUACAGGAGGAUUAUAAAGUGUCAUGCUUUCAAAUAAAUGGAUAAACUGCAGCCAGAACUACCUUGUUAUACCAUUUUGCACUAAUGCCUGUUCUCUGGUGACUGUAAAAAGGAAAGAAAAAAAUUCCAAAUGGAUGCUCUGUUUAUAAUGAACAUAUUUCAAAUGAAAUACUGAUAGUCCAUAAAAUGUCUUCCCUAAACAUGAUGGAUUUCCUAUGAUUCUCAAUAACAUUGUUCCUUAUUGUGACAUAACGUCAUUUUGUUAGAGAUGGCUAUCUGUCAAGCUGAGUAUAAAAACCUACAAGGGGGAUUUCUGGUAAAGUCUAUAAUAUUUAAAAGAUUCCCCAAUUGUGUAGUUGUGCUAUUAAAUGUUUUAGUGUACUAAAUCCCUCACUUGGGGAUUGUGUAAGU